GAAUGAUUUAUUAAAACAUACAAUCGGCAUUUCAAUGAUGAAUAAUCGUUUAUACAUUUCUAUACAGGAUAAUUUGAAUCAAAUAAUGAUAUGGGAAAAUUUUAAUGAAACAACAAUCAAUAAUAUUGAUCAUUUUACACUUGGAAGAUAUGGUUAUUGGGUUAAAAUUACCGAUUCCGGUUUCUAUACUAUAUGGAAUAAGAUGUCAUUUGUGAAACAAUAUGAUCCUCAUAAUAAUAAUAGCCAUCAUAUUAAUCCAAUAGCAAUAUCAAUGUUAAAUACAACUGUCAAUUGUGAUGAUGAAUAUGAUGUUGGUUCUAAAACAUAUUUUGUUGGCCAUUUAUUAUGCCAACAAUUUGGACAAUUGAUAGAUUUAUAUUGGGAAACAACAAAACAACCAGAAUGUACAAAAUUUGAAUUACAUUAUACAAACAUGACACAUAAUGAUGAUCAUCAACAACAACGACAAAAUAAUGGACAUAAUUAUCGUUUUGUUGAAAUUUCUGGCCAAAAUGAACUAUAUACAAUAGUAAUGAACGCAAAUUAUGAUAAAAUAGAAACGUUAAAAUCACCAGUGAAUGUAUGGCGUAGAAAACCAGGUAAUACACAUAUUGAAUAUAUGGGUAAAUUAUGUUGGUCAAUUGAUGGUAAUGAAAUUCGUCUUAUCAAUACUGGUAAUAAUAUAGAUCAUAAUAAAUUUAACGUUGAUUAUGAUGAUAAUGAAUGUGGUAUUACCGCUUAUUUUACAUCGACAAUAUCAUAUGGAUUUAUUGGAAAAAUCAAUAAAUUAUAUCUAGUAUCAUUGAAACAAUUUGAAAUGAUUAUUGUUGAUGCAAAAUUAUUAUAUGAUUAUCAUAAUCAAAAUAAUCGUUGGCAUACUGUACGUAGAAUAAAUCUUCAUUUUUCAACAAUUUUUAAAUGUCAAUCUAAACAUCAUCAUUAACACACACAUGGUGGAGA